AUGCCCGGCCACGGAGUGUCUCAGGUGAAAUGCGAGCCACUCUCGGACGAAGAAGACGGCGACUCACAAUUUGCGCACAGUUAUCUAUCCAGUCAGGCCAGUGGUUUAGAGGAGCUGGCACCCCUGGCGCCCGCAGGUCCGGCUGCUACACCAGUUUGUGUGAAACAAGAACGAGCAGAGACGCCACCGGCCACAACACUAGAGACGCUCGAGUCGGCUCCGCACAAUGCCAAGAGCACAUCACUCCUGGAUCGGCAAAUGGACUUUAUGAACGUGCACGAGGUGCCUGACUCCACAGACUUCAUGCCGCUGCUGGCCAUCAAGGACGAACCCUCGUCUGAAGGUGAACAACAUCAUCUGAGCGGUGAUGACACCAGCGACUCGUGUGGUCGCCAGGCCUCGCCCGCGCCGCGUCACAGCCCCAAGAGCUGGACGCAGCAUGACAUGGAGCGGGCACUAGAUGCACUUAGAAACCAUCAAAUGAGCCUCACAAAGGCAUCAGCAACAUACGGUAUUCCAUCGACAACGUUAUGGCAGCGUGCCCACCGGUUGGGCAUAGACACGCCGAAGAAGGAGGGUGCUGCAAAGUCCUGGAGCGAGGCAGACUUGAGGGGGGCACUGCAUGCCUUGAGAGCGGGAGCCAUCUCCGCUAAUAAGGCCAGCAAAGCAUAUGGUAUCCCGAGCAGUACCCUGUACAAGAUAGCGCGGCGCGAGGGCAUCCGGCUGUCGGCUCCGUUCAACGCGGCGCCGACGUCGUGGCGGCGCGCCGACCUGCAGCUGGCGCUGGCCUCCAUCCGCUGCGGCGCCGUCUCCGUGCAGCGCGCCGCCACCACAUACGGGAUACCCACCGGGACAUUAUAUGGUCGUUGUAAGCGAGAAGGUAUCGAGUUGUCUCGCUCAAACCCCACACCUUGGUCAGAAGACGCCAUGGGCGAAGCAUUGGAAGCAGUCAGGCCUCGUCAUGAAGAGAGGAACUGGGAAGCCGUCACCUCUUUCUAUGAAGCAGUUAUGCUCGCAAAGAAAGUGACGGACCGCGUGAGGGAGCUAUCCUCCUCCCCACGCCACCGCCGCCGCAACAGAGUGGGCCAGAUGUCGAUCAACCAAGCAGCCAUCCACUUCAACCUGCCGUACUCCUCAUUGUACGGGAGGUUCAAGAGGUGCAAGUACCAAAUGCAGGGCGUCCCACAAACUCCGCAACAACAACAACAAGAUCUUCGCAAACUGGAACAAGAACAACCAAUGGAGGUUCCCCCGUACUAUCAACAGAUGGCGCCACACCACGAACAGGACACGCAUGCAUACACACACGUGCACGAAUACACGCACACACACGACCAGUACGGACAGUACUACCAAAGUUUUAACAGUAUUGCGACCAGCUGA